AUGGGGAACUAUGUGUCUUGUACUCUAGCAGGGCCUUUGAUGAAGACCAACAAGGCAACAAGGGUGAUUUUUCCGACAGGCGAAGUGCGGCAGUUCUGGGAGCCGGUGAAUGCGGCGGAAAUCAUGUUGGAGUGUCCGAACUUCUUUUUAGCGAAUUCUCAGUCUGUUAAUAUUGGUAGGAGGUUUUCUCCUUUGAGUGCGGAUGAGGAAUUGGAGCUUGGAAAUGUGUACCUAAUGUUCCCAAUGAAGAGAGUCAGUUCUGUUGUCUCUGCCGCCGAUAUGGCUGUCUAUUUCAUGGCUGCUAAUUCUGCUGCUAAGCGGAUAUCGGGUGGGAAAGUGAGGGCUUUGCCGGAGUCUGCUGGUGGGUGCAGCCAUGAUGUUCGAGAAAAGUCCCCAGAGAGGAGUGAAUCCAGAUUGAGUUUCGAGGGGAUGGAGGAGUUUCAGGUACCGGAGUUUAAGUACAGAUUAGCUUCUUGUAGAUCAAGGAAACCUGCUUUGGAGACUAUAAGAGAAGAGCCAGUGCGGACUAGAUAA